UGCGGGGGUUCGCGAGCAUCGCCGCGAGCCACGGCGGACUCCACACGUGAUACUCGUCGUGCGGGAGUGCGCGCUCGUUUUAGCCGCGUUGACAUCGGAUUUCCUGUCAAUCGUCCGUGCGGAAACGCGCGACACCGCUGGAGGACCAUCGCGAGAUGCGGCUCUCCUCGAAAGAGAAUCCGAGAUAAUUUGUCGAGAGGCGAUUGACGAGACGUCGUUGAGGACACGACGGUAUGGCGGUCGACAUCCUAGACGAGGAUCACCUCGCCGUGAGCGCGAUCGUGACCGUUGGCAUGCAGCUGAUCUUCUUCACGAUCGCGGCCACUUUUCAGAUGGACAAAUUGACGGACUUUGCCGGCGGCACCAACUUUAUCAUCCUCGCCCUCCUCACUUUCUUUCUCGGUCAAGUGGGCAAGACGUAUGACAGCCGCCAAGUCAUGGUUACUGUGUUUGUAUGCCUGUGGGGUGUGCGACUUUCUGGAUACCUCUUGUACAGAAUCAUCAAAAUAGGCCGUGAUAAAAGAUUCGACGACCGUCGUAGUAACGUGAUUCGUUUCGCCGUGUUCUGGACGUUUCAGGCUGUGUGGGUGUACGUUGUCAGUCUGCCUGUGAUAAUAAUCAAUUCUCCACGUCACAAGAUACCGCCCGCUCCGAAAACAAUGACGACCCUCGACAGUGCUGGCACGGGUCUUUUUCUGAUCGGUUUACUAGCUGAAACUUACGCUGACCUGCAAAAAUUCGCUUUCAAGCAAGACCCUGUAAAUAAUGGGAAAUGGUGUAACGAUGGACUUUGGAGACUUUCACGGCAUCCGAAUUAUUUCGGCGAGAUCGUCGUCUGGUGGGGGAUCUUCAUAAUAUCCUUGAACGUUAUUGAGGGAGCGGAAUGGGUGGCUAUCGCUUCCCCGAUCUUCACCACGUUUAUCAUUUUGUUCCUAUCAGGGAUGCCGUUGUUGGAAAAGGCGUCGGACGAAAGAUACCGGGACAACGCGGAGUAUCGCUAUUACAAGCAAUCAACGUCGCCACUAAUACCUAUACCGCCGGCUAUCUACGUCGAAGUGCCACGUUUCCUCAAGUUCAUUCUGUGCUGCGAAUUCCCUCUGUAUGAUUCCUUGGAUGUGAAACCGAGAUCGGCCGUCACCGAAUCAACGUCCAUCAGCCUCGCGGCGUCCACGUAGCUGUAGCUACACGCCGGACAUACAACUUCUGAGUCCGGCGUGCAGUCGACGGCCAGUACAGCCUUCUAAGCGUCACUUUAUCUCUUACGAAAGCCCAAUUGACGAAUACAAUUCCAACGACCGGAUCGUAAUCUUCGAUACGACCCCUUCUUAAACACGAUAUCGGCAUUUCGAAGAGUUGUGCGCUAAUGUGCUUUGAUUAAAGAGACUACGGACACUGCUUGAAGCAGGUCCUUCUUCAAGAUGUGGAAAAGCUUGAGAUGAAGUGUUAUUAUUUUUGUAAAAGUCCUUUUUGGCGUUAAGCGUAAACGGCGACUUCUUGUAUAGGAUCGUAUGAUGAAUGAAAAGAGAAAAUUAUUUUUGUAGCGAUGUUGCAUGGGUACCAAUAUAAAAGUUGACCAAUUCGAGCAUCGUUUCUAUACAAUGAGUCAUCGAUAGAUUUGAUUAGCGCAAACGCGCGCGCUGUUAGAUAGCAAUUUUAUUUGUGCGCGUAUUCGAACUUAUUUUAAAUACAGAACCGAUUUGGAGGUGAUAUGUAAUAAUUUGUAUUCCAAGUAACAGUCAGACUUUAAAAACUUUCAAAGUAUUAAAUUCAACAUUCGAAUACUUUCAAAGUAUUACUAUAUUUAAUGGUCAACCGCUACAUAUAUUUUAAAUUGCAUAAAAAAAAAAAAAAUAAUAAUAUAGCAAUGUUCUAAAAGUCACUUUUGCCGAAAUGAAUUAGGCUGUCAUUUUCCUUGUCAACUAACAAAGAAUGUGUGUUUUAAAUAUCGCAAAAAUGAAACUUUUAAAAGCGAGUUUUGAAUGUAAUUAUAUCUUGAAUAAAAAUGAUAUAUAUAGUUCGUUAUUGACGAAAAUUAAUAGUCAUUUCUGAAGCACAUCUCGUAGUGGUUGGCGUUUGUGAAAGGAUCAAACAAUUGGCAGAAACGCGAGCAGAGAUUGAGGGGAAAAUAAAGUAUAGUUUCUAAAUUUUCGUAUCUCACGGCGAGUUACGGAAUAAAGCAAUAUUCAUCGGCGAACGUCUUAGGCGAGCGUAAGAAAAUCGUCAUUCACAUACCUCGUCAUAAUUGCCAUUCCAUUCUGUUAGUAAUUAUAGGAUGCUUAUGAAGAAAUUUUAGAUGUGACACGAAUAUGGGCACUUCUAUGCUCUGUGUCCUCGCUGUUAAUACUAUGUUACUCUCUCGUUUCUUUCCAAUAGAUCUGGCUCGUUAACGAAAUCACCGACAUGCUUUCCACGAUAGGUGAUACAAGAAAAACUAGAAGUAAAAAAGAAAGCAUCAAGAUUUAGUUACAAUGAGAUGAUAAUAAACGAAAUUGGAUCGCAGUGUAAUGGCAUUAAUUAAAUUGUUGAAUUGUAGGAAUAUUAAACAUAUCUCUGUGCCGAAUAGAAAGUUUUUAAAAUACGUGACAUCUGAUAACAGUGAAUUGCGAAAGAAAUCCAGAAAUCAUACAUAGUAUAAUAAUGGAAAUGGCGCGAGAUUACGCUGAGGGAGUAAAACGAGUCCCUCAUAGAUCAACGAUUCAAAUGUUACUUCUCAACUUUACUAUUAUGUAAGCCUUCAAAAAAUUUAGAUAAUAAAUAAUAAUUGACUCA